GGUAUGGUAGCCUUGUAGAAACAUUGGAAAGAAGCUGUAGCUGCUUUCCUCUACAUUAUCAAUUAUGGCGCUGUUCGUUAGCUUUCCUCUACGUCCAUUCAGCAAGAAGCCAUCGCUCCUGAGCUCUUCUUCCUCGCAGCGUCUUCUAAGUCACCGACGAUUACUGGCAGAUUUUCAUCCCAUAUGUUGCCUCUCAACUGCUACUGCAGUAUCAUCUUCUCCAGCUCGCCGCACAGCAAAUUAUCAGCCAACUAUUUGGGAUGAUAACUACAUACAGUCGCUGCCAAUUGAUUUCAUGGAUGAGAAGCAUAAACAUCGAAGGGAUAUACUGAAGGAGCAAGUGAGGGGUUUGAUUGGCAAACAACGUGAUCUUAUCGAACAACUUGAACUGGUGGAUGCUCUAUGCCAAUUAGGACUUCAAUAUCAUUUUGAUUCAGAAAUCAAGGACUUAUUGAGUUCUAUUAGUUCAUCAACGAUAAAUAUAAACAAUUUGAUAGCGAAUGGCAACUUUCAUGGCUCUGCCUUGCUCUUCAGGCUUCUAAGAGAAUAUGAUAUCAAUGAUGCUUCACUACUAAGGGUAAAUGAUCUUGUUAGCUGCUUUAAUAAAAAAAGAGAAAUCUUCAAUCCAAAUAAUCAACAUGAUGUCAAGGGAAUGAUCAACUUAUAUGAGGCCUCCUACCUUGGUAUUGAAGGAGAAGAAGAACUAGAUGAAGCUGGAGAAAUUGCACUGGAGCAUUUAAAAUGCCUUGAAGGAUCUUUAUUAAGUCCACAACUUGUUGAAGAAAUAGAUCAUGCCUUGGAGAUACCCUUGCAUUGGAGAAUGCUAAGGAUACAUACUAGGUGGUUUAUUGAUGCAUAUGGUAGACGAGAGAAUUUUAAUCCCACAUUGCUUGAGUUGGCUAAGCUAGACUUCAACAUAGUGCAGAGCAUCUAUAAGACAGAGCUUCAAGAAAUGUCCAUGUGGUGGAAAAAUCUUGGUCUUGUUUGCACAGAGCUUAACUUUAUAAGGGAUAGACUUGUGGAGAACUACUUAUGGAGCGUGGGAUUUACAUUUCAGCCUGAAUUUGGGAGAAGCAGAAAAGCUCUCACCAAAUUUAUUAGUCUCAUAACAACAAUUGAUGAUAUUUAUGACGUCCAUGGUACCUUAAAUGAACUAGAAAUCUUUACAAACGCCGUUGAAAAAUGGAAAAUAGAUGCAAGUCAACAACUUCCAAAUUACAUGAAGAAAUGCCUGAUUGCUCUUUUCAGUACAAUGAAUGAUAUUGCUAUCUCAUUCUCAAUGGAAAAGGAGUUGGAUAUUCUGCCAUGCUUAAAACAAGUGUGGGUAGAUUUAUGCAAGGCAUACUUAGUUGAAGCAAGGUGGUAUCACAGUGGAUACACUCCAACAUUAAAUGAGUACUUGGAUAAUGCUUGGGUUACAAUAUCAGGAAUAUGUGCACUAACUGCAACAUAUUGUCUAAGUGAGGAUUUGACAAUUGAAGCUCUUAAUAGUUUGGAGUUCUAUCCACCUAUUGUUCGCCAUUCAUGCAUGCUUUUUCGACUAUAUAAUGAUUUGGGAACAUCAACGGAGGAGAUCAAAAGAGGAGACGUUCCAAAAUCAAUUCAAUGUUAUAUGAAUGAGAAAAAUGUUUCGGAACAUGCUGCUCGAGAUUAUAUUAAAUGUUUAAUAAAAAAAUAUUGGAAGAAAUUAAAUCAAGAACAUAGAAUAUUUUCAAAACACUUGGAGCCUUUUAGAAAAGCUUUAUUAGAUAUACCAAGAACAGCACUGUACUUCUAUAAUGAUCGCGAUGGAUAUGCAAAGUCAAGUAGUGAAACUAAGGAUCGGAUCAAAUGUGUAAUAGUUGAGCCAAUUCCAUUUUAA